UUUUGUUCGGUGCCGGAUUAGGAUCGCAUUUCCACCGCGUGCGCGCGAUCAACCGUCGUCGGUGCGGGAACCCCGGGGCAGUAAAGUUAUAUCUCGCUCUUACAUACUAACGGAAACAACACGUGCGAAACAGAGAAACCAUUCACAGGAGAUCCGCCGAAAGAAGAGCGCAUCGCCGUGAAAAUUGGUGAAAAUUGUGCACAGUACUGCGAAUUCGAAGAAACUUUCCUUCGAAGUACUAUCUCGGUUAAUUUUGUUCCUCUCCAUGAUUCCUUGUAGUUGAAAACGAGCUAAAUUCAUCGAAAGUGUUAAGAAAUGUACAAGUACGAUCAGAUAGGUCUAUCGGUAGAUCGUUUGAAUGUAGUUUUAGGCCAAAAUCGAAACCGAAGAAAUGCUUUGAAUGCCUAAAAACGUAGAUAAAAAGGUCUAGAAAAUUCCCACAAGUAGAUAAUAUUUCAGCUUUGGCAACCGGAGCAGCAAAAAUAGCUUAAGCUAACACGAGAGUACUCUAUAGUGAUUCAUUGUGCGAAAAUAUUCGUCGUUAAAAGCAAUGCGAGCAGAUUCGACGAUUUUCGCGGUCAUCAUCCACCACGCAGCGUCGCGAGUUGCUCCCGUUGCGUUUUGGGGUUCUGCCCGGUGCGAAGGAGAUAGUAGUGUGCACGAAAGCAGUUAAGAACAGUGAAAAAUUGUGUUAUUGUUGUUUCUGGAACCAAGAAUGGAUGUUGUAACCUGUGCGUAAAUAUAGUUAGUGAGUGGUCGACGUUAAAAAAGUUAUGAAUAAUGUACCACAUGGAAUAUGCCAAAGCCAUGUGGAGAAUGUAGCAAAAGUGGAAGCGACUUAACAAAAUAUGUGCUGUGAAUGAAUGUAUCGCGGAGUAACACAACAGAGUUAUAAAGAAUGAGUUAUUGAUACAAGUUUUAAUCGAUAGCAAGUUAAGUAAUUAAUAUUCGGGUUAAAUCAAGGUUGAGAAAAUGUCGCACCUGUUUCCAAGUGCAAAGGGUGACCAGCUAUGCCCGCUCGGGUUUCACCCUCAAGUUCGCUGGCCAACGCGUUGCAAGCGGUGCUUCCGUGACUACAAAGAGCACGGAAACAAACGAAAUGGAGAAGAUAUCACAGCUUCAACUCCAGUCCUAAUGGGCUCAUCCCAAUCGCGUAGUCGUGAUGGUGGUAGUAGUUCGAGUUUGGACAAACCCGUGCGAAGCUGGACAUCUACUCAGAACUUAUUCGUAUCCAACAACAACAGUGGAAACAGUAGUGAUAGACCACCGGGACUUCCACAACGGCCUGCAUCCUGGGCAUCGACGCCCGAUCUAGACAACAUUCUACAGCAAGUAAAGGCAGAUUUCACAGUAAAUUUAACGCUUCCACGGAGGAGGCAUACUACCACAUUCGAUAAUUUGGAAGAGACAGAGACGACGGUAACUUUGAAAAGACCUCCGUUACCGCCAAUAUUGAAGGUUGAACCAAAAAAAGAUGAAACCAAAAAGGAAUUGGAAAAGGCAGAAGAUCAGGGAGUUGUUAUAGAGAAGGGAGACUCACUCGCCGAAAGAGUGCGCAAGAUGAAUCUCAUCAGGCGUCAGGGUAGUGUUGAACGUGAUAGCCGAGAACGGUCUGUGCCGAGAAAAGAAGAGGAAGAGCCAAAACCAGUUCUGAAGCCAAUUAAAACCAUUGAACCGGAAAAAGUAGAACGUAAACGUCGUGUUAGACCCAUUCCAGAAUCUACAGUUGAAGAACCUAUAAGUAAACCACAGCUAACGCUUAGUAAGACAACUAUUACUUCAACUAAACCUCUUGUGAGCAGCACUUUAGCACCAGUGAAAGAAAAAGUCAAAAAGCCCAGCAUAAGUACUGAACCAGCGAAGGAUUCCACAAAAAUAGUUCGCCGUCGGCGUGUAGAUACGAGCUCAUUUGAAUCGCCAUCCAAACCAACGGCGACUGCAGUUCCGAAACCAAUAAUAGCCCCGACACCAAAACCUGAUCCUAUUGUGAAUAACAGCAGUGAUGAUGUUAAGUUUCUAAUUUCUAUCAAGGACAGCAAAUCGAAGCUGGACGAAGACCUUCAUUCGAUUACUACGGAGACCACCGAAACAACAAUAGUAGAUCACACCGAUAAUCAUGAGUUGCAGGAAGAGAUCGAGAGCCUAAAACGAGAAUUGGAUACUUUGAAAGCCAGAUGCGACCGUGCAGAAAGAGAGAAGAGUGACAUUCUGCUUCGUAGAUUGGCGUCUAUUGACACUGGGUCGAACAAAACUGCAGCCUCGGAGGCCCUCAAAUUGCAACAGAAAGUCAAUGAACAGAAACAAAUGCUCGAGGAUCUACAGGACGAAAAGAAAUUUUUGGGUGCCAAAGUAAAAGAGCUUGAAUCAGACAUCAAAAUUCGUGGGGCUAAAAAUGUAGAAGAACAACUCAGGCAGAAGCUGGAACAAGCGGAAACGUUGUGCGAAGAGCUAAUGGAUGAAAAUGAAGAAAUCAAGCGUGAACUCCGAACAAUGGAAACGGAGAUCGAAGAAAUGCAUGACAAUUUCCGAGAGGAGCAGGCAGAUGAAUACGCAUCUCUCAAAAAAGAGCUUGACCAGACAACGAAGAAUUGUCGUAUUCUAUCGUUCAAACUGAAGAAAUCAGAUCGUAAAAUCGAGCAAUUGGAAUCAGAAAAGGCUGCGCUCGGUACCAGCACAGAUCUAGCGACGAAGGUGAAACAACUGGAAGACGAAUUGAAGGUUGCCAACGAGGUAGCACGUCGUCUACAAGGUGAGCUGGAACAACUUGAAUCGAAUCCUUCUACGCCGACGAAAAAGACUCCCAGUCUGGGCAAGAUUGGAAAAUCGACAUCUGCUGACAAUAAGUUUUCACGAGCUUCGUUGACACGCGGCGGCUCACAGGAAGAUCCAGUGCAACUGCUUCGUGAUCUGCAGGACUCUCUGGAACGGGAGGCUGACCUUCGCGAACAGUUGAAGUACGCCGAGGAGGAAGCUGAAAACCUUCGCCGAAAAUCUGGACGCAUCGAAGAUGACAACGAAUCUCUUAUGAUGCAACUGAAGAAGAUGGCGACGAAGGCGAGAACGAAAGGUAUUUUUAAUACAGGUCGAAAGCUUAGUCCUAGUCCUCCAAACCGACGUCUAACGGCGGAAGGUCCAAUGGAAAAAGAUGAAGGUAUUUCCGACGAAGACGACCCCGCAGAACUUCGGCUGCAGCUGGAACUUAACGAGCAGGAAACGUCCGUUCUGCGACGGAAAAUUGAAGAGUUGGAAAUCGAAAACAAACGAAGUCGUGAGCAUGUGAAAGAACUACAAGAAAGCUUGAUAUCCAAAACGAAGGAAAUAGAUAAACAGAAUAAGCUUCCGUCGUUGUUAGGAUCCAAAAACACUGGAGCGAAGGAUCCUCUGGAUGAGAAGAAGAUAAAGGUGAUGGAGGAGCAGAUCAGUGAACUGCGGAUGAAAUUGAUUGAGAAGGAUAGAGAGGUAGAACGCGUCCAGGCCGAGUUGAGCAUCAGCAAAACGAAGGGUGGUAAAUCAUUGGUGAAGUCAAAAUCAUUGGAUGCAGAUCAACAGAUUUUGGACCUAAAGCGUCAGUUGCAGGUUAUCGAACAAGAAGCAAAUGUGCUACGGCAGAAAACUCAAACGCUAGAACAAGAGAAUGAAAAGUACACUGUGGAAAUCAAGCAACUGCAGCAAACCAGGGCGAGCGAUUUUGAAACAGAAACUAAAAAGCUGAACAGCACUAUUCAAGAACUGCAAAAGACGAAAAGUGACUUGGAAAGCAGAUUGAAACGAAUAACGGCGGAGUCUUCUGCGAAUCUACCAUCGAGGACCCCGAAAGCGCCUAACGAUAUGCAUACCAAGUUGCAAUUAAAGAGAAUGGUUGAUGAAUGUGAGAAUGAAAUCAUCGAACUGCGUGCCAUUGUGGGACGAUCCGGCGCCAUGAACAUGACUACUUUGGAGAACGAAAAGAAAAAGCUUAAAGCCGACCUGGAAGAGUCCAAGGAACAACGAACGAAACUGGAAGCCGAAAUAAGAAAAUUAUCUGCCCCAAAAGUGUCCUCAGAGCUCCAGGCAAUCAAAUUAAGCGAGGCCCAACGUACGGUUCAGAAGUUGGAGGAUGAAAACAAAAAGCAAAAUGAUAAAAUCAAAGUUCUGGAAGAAAAAAUUAACAAAAUUACUACCAACAUGAAGACAGCAGAAUCGACCAAGUCCCAAUUAGAAACGCAGUUGAAAACAGAGAAAGAUAAACUAGAUGAGGCAACGAAGGACUUAGAAAAUCUCCGGAGAGAGAAAUCUAAGGUUGAUGGGAACUUAUCGAGCUUAGAAAAAGAGUUAACGGCUGAACGACAGAAGGCAGUCGAUAUCAAGGAAGACUUAGAGAAAGAAAUUGCCAAUUUGAAGAGAAAGUCACUGUCGAACGACCCCUCCACUCAUAAGAUCCAGGAACUGAGUAAGAAGAACGAUGAUUUGAUGUCAAAACUUGAAGAUGAAACCAAAAAAUACCAGCAGCUUAUAACCAAGCAUGAAACGCUAGAAGAAGACCACGUUAUGUUGAAAGCCCAGCUCGAAACCGAACAACAGAAGCUUCAGGAACUUAACAUACUUCGAAACAAGCUGACACAAGCAGACAAUAUCGAGGCACGGCUCGUGAAAGAGAAUACAAACCUGAGCCGCAAGUGCGUGGAAAUGCAGAAAGAAAUUGCAAUCUUGGAGAGUUCCGCCGACAGUCGCACUGCAAGCUUGGAGUUGGAAAAGAAUCGUCUGAAGAGUUCAUUAGAGGAUAAACAGCGCGAGUACGAUCACUUGUCUGAGGAGAACGAAAUGAAUGUCUACCAAGUAACACAGUUAAGAAAAGAUAACGACGACCUCAGAGGGAAAUUAGACGAUUAUGAAAGAAUAAAUAAAGCACAGCGAACUUUGAGUGACCAUAAUUCGCAACUGGAACAAGAGCUCAAGAAACUACACGUUCAACUGGCAACAGCAGAAAUGAAUGUAAAAUCAGAAGUAGCCGCUACCCGUUUGCGCUACGAACAGCAAGUAGCAAACCUGCACAACGAAUUAACCGGACUUCAGGGGCAAUGCGAACGUUUCAAGCGGGAUCGCGAUACGUACAAGCAACUGGUAGAAGCCGCACAGAAACAGAUCGGUGAUAUGAAAGCCAAUCGGCGAAGCAUGGCAUCGGUGACAAGCAGUAGCGGUGACGACGAUGACAAGUCAAAAAUAAUCGCAUUGGAGCAGCAAAUCGGUUGCUUAGAGGACGAACUCAGUGAAGCUCGACUGGAGGCCAGCAAGGUACGAACGGAGCUGAUUUCCGAGCUAAGUGCUUCCGAGAUCAAAAUCUCCGAAAUGCAAUCCAAAAUCAACGAACUCGAAGAGGAAAAAAUUAUCAGCGGAGGUAAGAGCAAGGUGCCUGGAACAAAGACAAGGUUGGAGCUUUCGUGGCAGAAAGAAAGAGAGGAUCUACAGAGAUUGGUACAGGAGACAUCAACACUGGCUAGAGAUCUCCGACAGACACUGUUUGAAGUGGAAAGGGAGCGAGAUAAGGAAAAACUGGAAUCUAAACGAAAGAUUGAUCAGAUCAAAAAGACAACUGAGGAGGAGAUUGAAGAGGGUAGAAGAAAGGUGACCGAAUUGCAGAGCGAUUUGCUUGAGCUACGGGAUGCGCAUGCUAAACUGAGGACAGCCAAUGAGAAGUUAAGGCGUGAUCGUGAACGUUUUGAACGGGAACGCGAGAGUGCGACACGACGCAAACUGGAAGUUGAAGGCGAGCGUAGAAUUGGAGCGCUACUACAGACGGUGGACGAAUUGGUGAAACUUGCUCCAGAACUGCAGAGAGUUUCUACUAGGCAAGAAUCUACAACAACUAUUACAAGCACAGGAAAGACCAUCACUGCAAACGCACCCAUUCCAACACCUCCGAUGCGUCAUAAGAGUCCCUCGCCAGGUCCAGGUGGGGCACCACAGCAAGCACCGACAGUAACAGCAGUAUUAACGAGACUAGCCGAAGCAUCAGAUGAAUUGAGACGAUAUCAACGCAUGUGUGACGAGGAAAAAGACAGGGAACGUAUGAGACGUGGUGGAAUGCGACGAGCUGCUUCUCAGGAGAAUGACUCUAUAGAAGGUCACACAGGAAGACCGGUAAUGAGAAUCAAUCGCAAUGGAGGAAGUUUAUACAAGAAGAGCCUAUCGUUGGAUCAAUCGUUGCAGAUCGAACAACAAGGGCAACUCAUCUGGAAGGAAGGUGACGAUAGCAUGUCUUCGCUGCAAUCGUUGGACUCGGAAUACGGAGGAAGAUACCAAAGAGACUCCAGCAUGGAUUCACGUCUGUCGGGUGGUUCAACGCAAAGCGAUAUGCCUAGACUGAGGAAGAAGAAACGUGGCCUAAUGGGCAAGUUGCGUAGUUUGAGUCUAACUAGAGGUAGCAAAGGUAGUGAUAGUGACUUUUCGAUUCAAGGGUCCGAUUCCGAUCUAAGCAUGGCAGGUGAUAUUCGAUCAAGUAAGAGUAAUCUCAAGGGAAAGCUGUCCGGAAUGUUCCGAAGGGCGGGAUCCUCAUCUAGAGCUAAUAGUAGCGAGGCGCUCGAUAGGGAACUUCAAAGACCAGUCGCAAUUCAAACUUUAGGGAACGGCCCAACUGCUGUAGGGCUGGCGGUGUCAGCGCAAGGACCGCCUUCCCGACCGGUGUCCGCCAGUACACCGCAUUUGGCAAGACAGGCCGGAAAGCCUCCAACUCCAUCGAUGGCCACCACUCAACGGAGAAGAGUGGUUCCAUCAUCCCAGCCGAAUCCCUCUUCUUCCGGGACGCUUCCAAAAUAACAAUAUUUUAAAAGUCACUUUUAGUUAAUAUAUUAUAAACGGAGAUACAUUUCAGACAUAAACCUAAUCAUUAUGUCCUAGAUUAUUUUGGAAACCACUUGUCCACCUUAGCUAUUUUGGAAUCUAGAGGUACAGAUGGGUACCAAAAUUAUUGUUUUUAGUUCUAGUUGUUGCAUAAUAUAACAGAUUCAGUUGUUGAAAUACGAGAAAAUAAAUUAAUGGAAUGGAAAACUACUUACAUUUGAAUACAAAA